UUGCGCCAUUUCCUGCCAACAGGCCUUGUGGAGACAUGUUUUUGUGGAAGUGGGAUGUCAUCGUGUGCCAAAGGCCCAUCAGAGGACACCAGCGAUAGCAAGUACGUGUGAUAAAGUAAAUGCCUCAAGAGAGGAAAUCCUGAGGACAGGGUGCUGCAGUCAGAUGUUGGAAAUGAUGAAAAGCUUUGACUUUAGUCACACAAAUAAGGUUAUAAGUUUCCUAGGUCAGUUUCUCUGCUCCGAGUCGUACUCUCUGCUAAUUCAUUUAUAAAUCAUUCUUUCAUAAGGUCCCAGUCUUUGAUUGUUUUUGUGUCCACGUCACCUUGCCUUCCUCCGAAUGUCUUCAAAGCUUUGCGUUUGACGUUUUAGCUAAAUCGCUUUCUCUUCUGGCCCAUUCUCCUCGAACAUAAGAUGGCUCUGGAGCUGACCUGUGCACGGUAUUUCCUUCCUUCUUUUCCUUUACUCUCCGGCAGUGACAGAGCGCAUGCACCCCAGAGAGCGGGCUCACCUCUAUUUAACCGAGUCAUUUGGUUCACAUGCUCAUAAAUCCUGCAGCGCUCUCACCGGUCAUCAUGACCAUGAUCUGGCUGAGUGUCACAUCGCUGCUGUCUAUUGCUCCGGUCUUCUCGGAUCGGAACGUGAGCCAGAUCAGAGUUUUCCCAGCAGGGAACCAGAGUGUCGCUGGAGUGAUCCAGGUGAGCUAUUUGAACGACUGGAACCAGGUCAAGUACGCCUACGAUGCCGUAGACGCCCGGAGCCUCUGCAGCUCCCUCGGGCUGCAGAUCGCCUCAAAAGCACAAGUAGAGAAGGCUCUGAGCAGAGGUUUGGAAACGUGCAGGUUUGGAUGGAUUGAUGAACAUUUGGCAGUCAUUCCUCGCAUACAUGCGCUCGCUAAUUGUGGAAAAAAUCAGACUGGGCUGGUGCCGUGGCGAGCCUCUCUAACACAAAAAUUUGAUGUCUUUUGCUUCAAUGAAUCAGAUGCAGCAACACAAUUGAAGGAUGCAACAACUGAUAGCCCUCUGAGCACCAGUUCUUACUCAAAAACCAGCACGCUUCCUUCUGAGGCGGCUUUUUCUCAGGGGACUCCUUCUGAGGAGGCUUCUUCUGAGGAGAUUCCUUUUAAGGAAACUCCUCCCGAGGAGGCUUCUUCUAAAGAAGCGCCGUCUCAGGAGGGUGACUGGUUUUUGACACCUAAAACCACGAUUUAUGAGGUGGAACCAGCUCGCUUCGUCAGCAGUACACACAGCUCUACAGGAGCAAAAAUUGUGCUCAUCACCUGCACCUGUGGCCUUCUCUUGGCUUUAGUGGCUGUAAUCAUGUACAUCAAACUAAAAAACUGCUCUUUGGGUUCUGAUCAAAAGCAGCAGCAGCCGGAGAACAUCCAGACACAAGAGUGGAAAUGUGAGAACGACGCAGAAACAAAGAUAAAUGUCCAGGAAGAUCAGAAGAUACACGAYGAAGACAGUACACAAUAAAAAAAGGUUAUUUUCUAAAGACUUGUUCUCUGGGUUUUGUUAAUAUAAUGUAUGGAAUAACUAUGAAGUAUUUUUUUUUGUAUUUAUGUGUAUUAUUUACUGUCGUGUGGUUUUACCACUAAAGGGAAAUGUUCAUGUAAAUUAAAUGUUGAAAAUGUUGUGUUUUGAUGCAUCAUUUCACAAAAUGAAUGUAAAACUUUGUGAAACAAACAUUUUUUGUAAUUUUAUCUGUGUUAAACGUUUUCUAAACU